CUUGCUAAUGAAGAGGGUGUCUGCUGUAUGGAGAAAGAAUCUUUCAGAAUGAAAAAGGAGGAAGAGGAGGCUGUUAUAGUGAAAGAAGAGAAAGAACCGUUUAGAGAGGAAGAUGAUGCUAUCUCAAUAAAGGUGAAGGAGGAAGACGUUUUGGGGGUGAAAGAGGAAGAGACGGAAUAUCAGAUUAACACCAGAGAGAGACAUGACUAUCGUGGAUCCUCUGGGGAGCCUCAACAGCAUCCUGAUGCUGACGAGGAAGAGAAGAGUCUCUCCAGAUCAGAACACCAGAUGGACAACGCUAGCCCCUCCUCCCUCCCGGAGUCCCCGUGUCGUGCCUCUCCUGGUAGCACGUUACUGCUGGGUAUGAAGAGGUUGUCUGUGCUGCUGGUGGACUGCAGGAAAACAACGGGGCUGAGUGGAACUGUGAGAGGAGGAGAAGAGAGGAAAGGAUCAGAUUUGACUCAUCAAAGAGAAAGGCCAGACUCAGAGGAACCAGAGCCAGGGACGUCCAAACCAGCAAGACGACACCAGUGCUCCCAGUGUGAAAAGAGUUUUAAACAGAAAGCACAUCUGAAAACACAUAAGAGAAUACACACAGGGGAGAAGCCUUACCACUGCUCCCAGUGUGGACAGUGUUUCAACCAGAAAGCACACCUGAAACAACACGAGAGGAUGCACACAGGGGAGAAGCCUUACCACUGUUCCCAGUGUGGAAAGGGUUUCAACCAGUCAGGGGCGCUGAAACAACAUGAGAGAAUACACACAGGAGAGAAGCCUUACCACUGCUCCCAAUGUGGAAAGUGUUUUGGCCGUUCGGGGGAGCUGAAGCUACAUGAGAGAAUACACACAGGAGAGAAGCCUUACCACUGCUCCCAUUGUGGAAAGUGUUUCGUCAGUUUGGGGGAGCUGAAACAACACGAGAGAAUACACACAGGAGAGAAGCCUUACCACUGCUUCCAAUGUGGAAGGUGUUUCAAACAGUCGGGGGCGCUGAAACAACAUGAGAUAAUGCACACAGGAGAGAAGCCUUACCACUGCUCCCAAUGUGGAAAGUGUUUCGGCCGUUCGGGGGAGCUGAAACUACAUGAGAGAAUACACACAGGAGAGAAGCCUUACCGCUGCUUCCAAUGUGGAAGGUGUUUCAACCAGUCUGGGGCGCUGAAACAACAUGAGAGAAUACACACAGGAGAGAAGCCUUACCACUGCUCCCAAUGUGGAAAGUGUUUCAACCAUUCGGGGAUGCUGAAACUACAUGAGAGAAUACACACAGGAGAGAAGCCUUACCACUGCUCCCAGUGUGGAAAGUGUUUCAACCGGAUAGGAAACCUGAAACAACAUGAGAGAAUACACACAGGGCAGAAGCCUUACCACUGCUCCCAAUGUGGAAAGUGUUUCGGCCGUUCGGGGGAGCUGAAACAACAUGAGAGAAUACACACAGGAGAGAACCCUUACCACUCCUCCCAGGGUGCAAAGCUUUUGCCCAUUUAGGAAGCCUGAAAGAACACAUUAGACUACACACAGAGAAGAAGGCUUAGAAAAGCUCAGACUGGGAAAACAUAUUACUCAUAACAGUCAUUUAAACGUCAUUAGAGAAUCCACACAGGAGAGAGAAAUUACUUCUCUUAGCGUGUAUAUUGAUAUACAUCACAUUGACUUAAAAUUAAUCAGAGAACAUACACAAUGCUCCCGUUGUCUUAUAUUGUUGACUGACAAUGUGUUUACCUGUCUUUACCAGAUGAAAUUAAAUGGUACAGGGUAUACUCAAACAUAUAUUUGUUUGUUUUUAUUAGAAAACAUGAAUUGAAUAUGGAGUCUAUCAGUUUGAAUAUAAAGAAGAUCAGGUUCCUUCUUUUAAACUGUCCUUUUUUAAAACUCUUUGUGUGUGUUUAUCUGGGUGUGUCAUUCCUCCAGCACUACAGAUAAUCAAGUGAUAUUUGGAUGUGAUGCAUUUGUUCCAUUGUUGACAUUUGCAUUGUUGGACCACUGAGGAUUUAAUGAAAUGAAAAUGUUCAGACUCUGUAAUGGAAAAUGUUAAUUGUUUGUGUGUCCACAUAACUGAGUAUGUGACUAACCUUGUGAAACUGUCCUAUUAUAAGCUCCUGUUCUUGGGACUAUCAUCCUGUGUUGCAAACCAAUUUGCACCUGUGUCCUUGUAUGAAUAAAGUCCCACCCAGGAACAGGAAACUAUAAAGAUAUUUGCUAAUCACUCAAUGCUUCAGGAAUUCAGACUGUCUACACUGCGCUGUGUAACUGUUAUUCUCUCUGAGCUCAGAAAUAAAGAAUCUUGGUUUGA